CUUUUAUCUUUUUCGACUUUUUCUGUUUUCUCGAUUUUCGACUUUCGAGCGAUGAGACUACGAGAGUGGAGAGUGCGAAUGUAUUAUAAUUUAUUUCAUAUUAAUUGAAGUUUUUUAAAACUUUAAUAAUUCUUGUUUUAAUUUCUACGAUUUUCCUUUCGAAACAGAAUUGUCAAUCAUGAGUGAAACAUUGAAAAUGUUAAAAGAACAAUCUAAAAUAAGGAAAAAGUUAUUGGCCAAAACGUUGGGAUUUUCCGAUGUUCAACAGUUACGACGAGCUUUGAAUACUCAUAGAGAGGCCACACCAAUGAGUUCCGUUCGUAAAGUAGUAAAUAAAUUUAAUGCCCAACCAAAGAGUCCAGAACAUACAUACAAUGAUUCAUCAACAUUUCUCAAAGGUACACAGUCAUCUAAUCCACACAAUGAUUAUUGUCAACAUUUUGUUGAUACUGGUCAACGUCCACAAAAUUUUAUUAGAGAUGUUGGCCUUACUGACAGAUUUGAAGAGUAUCCUAAGCUAAGGGAGUUAAUUCGCUUAAAGGAUGAACUUAUACAACAAACUGCUACUCCUCCAAUGUUUCUGAAAUGUGACCUUAGCACGUAUAAUUUGAAAUCAUUAAACCUAAAAUUUGAUGUCAUACUUGUCGAGCCUCCACUUGAAGAGUAUCAACGAACCUUAGGUGUAACCAAUACAAAAUUAUGGAAUUGGAAACAGAUAAUGGACCUAGAAUUAGGCGAAUUAGCUGCUAAUCGUAGUUUUAUUUUUCUCUGGUGUGGUUCAUCUGAUGGUUUGGAUAAAGGCCGUGAUUGUUUACGACGAUGGGGUUUUAGACGCUGUGAAGAUAUUUGCUGGAUUCGAACAAAUUCUAAAAAUCCUGGACAUUCAAAAAAUCUAGAACCUAAUGCUGUUUUUCAACGCACUAAGGAGCAUUGCUUGAUGGGCAUCAAAGGAACAGUUCGUCGAUCUACAGAUGGUGACUAUAUUCACGCUAAUGUUGACAUUGAUUUGAUUAUUAGUGAAGAGAAUGAACACGGUUCAAUUGAAAAGCCUGUUGAAAUAUUUCAUAUUAUUGAACAUUUUUGCCUCGGAAAAAGAAGAUUACAUUUGUUUGGCCGUGACAGUACUAUACGCCCAGGAUGGCUGACUUUAGGACCUGAAUUGACUAAUUCUAAUUUCAACACAGAAAUGUACAAUGGUUAUUUCAAUAAUGGUCAAUUAACAACAGGUUGUACUGAUCGUAUUGAGGUCCUUAGACCAAAGUCUCCUCCAGCUAAAUGUAAAAUACCUAUAGGAAUAAGAAAAGGUAACCCUUGUAUGAAUAGAGGUAGAGGAAGAAUGUAAUAAAUAAUAAUUAAUUUUUAAUGUCAAAUACUGUUAUUUCGAUGGUUUUAUUAAUGUAUUUGUGUCAUAUCUACAAUUUGUGUAAACUUGAUUAAUUUUAUAACAAUUUGUAAAUAAAAUAUUUUUAAGUUAUGUUAGAAUAUCAUUUUCUAUUCCUCUUUCUCCUUGGUCAUUGUAGGUACUUAAUCAUACCCAAAUGUAAAUUCCAAAUGCCACUUGAACUUUUAAGUGUAGCAGUACUUCACAACAGUGCAAAUAUGUAAUAUGUUAUAUUUACUACUAAAUGUAUUUUUCUUCUUAGUUGUAAAUCAUAAUAUUUAAUUUAAGUGUUAGGUAAUUGUAUUUACUAUUUAGUAGUUUUUAUAUUGUUAUGCAUGGGCGCCCACAGGGGGUGUCGGCAGGAACCAUCCCCUCCCACUAUUUUAGUUAUUUAUUAUUAUUUUUAUUGAAUAUUAUAUUAUUAUAGCUUUAGCUAUAAUAGCUGGGUCCAUUAGCUUUAAUAUAUUUUAGUUAAUAUGAAUAUUAUUUAAUUACUUGUAAUAAAAAAAAGUAUUGUCUGUA